AUGGAGGCGAUGGCACUGUCCAGACUCCAGUGGAUUGCGCGCGCUCGCGGUGCCCUUCCGCCCGAACUGUGCGGAUUCCGAGCGCAGCGCUCCACUGGCGACUGCCUCGCCGUUGUUGUCGGCACGCUGGAGCAGGCCAGCGCUUUUGACACCCUCCCGCACGAGUCCGUCUUCUCUGCUGUGCGAGCCCUCGGCGUUGUGGGCAACCUGCUUGCCUACGUGCAGGCUUUCCUCGCCGACAGGAAGUUCGCCGUCGGCCGGGCCACCAGCUCGCCUCGGCCAGUGACCACUGGUGUGCCUCAGGGUAGUGUGUUAAGCCCAUCUCUGUUUAACCUUACCCAUGCUCCCAUCAUCGAGUGCAUACCGAAAGCUGGCCGUUUCCCUGUGCGUGCUCUUGUGUGCGCGGACGACGUCGCACUGUACGUGCGAGGGCCGACGUCUGCCAUCACCGAGAUGGGACGCGGACUACAGGCGGCCCUGGAUUCCGUCGCCGGUUUCCUCCGUGCCAUCGGCCUGCAGCUGUCAUCGGCCAAGAGUGAGGCGACAAUGGUGCACCCUCGCGCUGCCGCACGACGCCACACCGGCCGCGUGCUCAUCGAUGGUGUUCCACUGAGCUGGGAGCCGACGGUGUCCUAUCUCGGUCUGACCAUCGACCACCGCCUCACCUGGGUCGCGGCUGUGAAACGCCUGCGCGCCGCCUCUCUCCGUGUUGAACGUGCGGUUCGCCGCCUCCUCGCGCGCGGAGUGCUUCCAGUGUGUCACGGCCUCCCCCGCAUGUCUCGAGUGGCGGAGACGCUCGCGGAAACUGGCGCCUGGCCCCCUUCAUUGACGGUUGACCUCCGCGCGCUCGGCCACAUUGAGCGCCUCUCUCGAGCGCCCGGCGCGGGCCCAAUCCUGUCACUCCUGCGGGAUCUCCCUGCAUCACUCGCGGGCAAGAUGACGCAGCUGUUUGAGCACAUCGUGGCUGAUCCGCCGGCUCCACCACCAGCCUGCCCGCCUCCGAGCCUCGCCGUGCCCCUGGACGCUGCAGCGAGGAUACAAGACGACCUGGCGGGCUCCGCGGCUGCUGCCUGCAUCGCGCCGAGCCUCGGCAUCGAAAACCAGUGCCGCCUGCCCUGCCGAGCGUCCUCCACCACUGCUGAGCUCGUGGGCAUUUAUCUGGCCGCGGACGUGCUCGAGCAAUCGCCGCGCAUCACUCGUGCGGCGAUACUCACCGAUUCGAGGCCCGCGCUCCAGCAGCUGCUCCUUGAAGAACGCGCCCCACUGCUCGCCCAGCGUGUCGCGUGCAGGCUCCAUGCUUUGCAGCAACGGGGGCUCGAUCUUCGCCUACAGUGGGUGCCUUCGCACGUCGGCGUCGCCGGGAAUGAGGCCGUCGACAAGCUCGCACGACGCGAACACGACCCGAGCACCCAAAUCACACAAUGGGUUAGCUUGUUCGACACCGCGCCACCCAGACGGCCGAGUUGCGCGCGGACGCCCGCCACGCCAUCUCCCGGAGGUCGGCUUCACUAG